AUGGUGUUGGUGCUUUGUGAAAAGUUUGGCCACCUGAACCUGACAUUUUCUAUUGGAGAGCAUAUCAGUUCUAAUGGCGUAAUUUUGAUCGCAAUGACAUCGAUGGCGCCGAGAGGAGGCAAAGCGGCAAGACGUGUUUUGCCGUGCUGGGUCGAACGCCGGCCAGAACGUGUCACCGACAUGUGCUGGGUUGCUGGUCGAUUUCUUGCUUUGCGUACAGUUCACCAGCGGAUUAUGGGUAAGAAUGGACUAAAGAAGGAUGAUGUUGGAGAUCUGAAAAUAAUUUUUGGUUGCCAAAUGUUGUUGGAAAAUAAAAAAUCUACACGGGAAGACCUCGGCAAAUACUUUCAGCAACAAAGAAACAAAGUUGACCACCCCGUCAUCACGAUAAAGGCCUUCUUCGACUCCAACGGUGGCCUCUGGCAGUACCAGAGCAUCUCGGGCAAUCCCACGGGCAUCUUCUUUGCCAUGGGCACCCAGGGCAGGCAAGCGAAGACUCAGACCAUCGCCACCUGUCGUCUACAUUGA